AUGUCAUUGCAGCAAAAGGUUGAAGCUCUCAGGCAUAAGAUCGAUGAUCUCCUCGUGGAGGGGGUUGACCUGGCGGUCCCAAUUCUCAAGGUCGUCAAUGCUGCGGCUGAUUGGUGUCCCCCUCUCAAGAUGGCCACUGGCGGUGCACUCUCUAUCCUUGACGAGGUUCAGAAGUUCAGAGACAACAAGAAGGAAUGGGUUGAUUUCGGUCAAUAUGUAGCCGACACCGUGGUCGACGUGAUUUUAGUCAUGAAAUCUUACGAUGCGUCAGCGGAAGAGUCAAACCCAUGGGUGGAGAAUGCUACAAAGCUCAAAAGGGCUCUACAGGUGAUUGAGUCCGAAAUCAAAGGAAGACGGGAAAAGGUGGAGAAACGAUGCGCCAUAAUAAAUGUAUUUUCGCACUUGCGAGACCCAGGAAGGAUUAAUAGCCUGAAGAAAGAUUUCGACAAAGCAUUGGCAUCGUUUCAGCUUCGGACGAACUUGAUGACCGGCGCCAAAUUAGCGGCCAUAGAACGUCGUCAACAGGACGCAGAACGUCGUAAACAGGAUGCGGAACGUCGUAAUCAGGACGACAAAAUUCUCGAGAGCCUCCGAUACCCUCAUAUCGCCCUCGGUGAUUCCACUCAGGUGUGCCUAGAAGGCACCAGGGUUGAUCUCACUGAGCGUAUCAUGACAUGGUGUCGCAACGCUGGGGAGAGGGAGGAUCGGCUAAUGCUGCUGACUGCUGUGGCCGGUGCCGGCAAAACUUCAAUUGCGCUCACGAUAGCAGAACGAUGUGCCAACGAAGAGGACGUUACCCUAUUACUGCACUUCUUCUUUAAAGCGGGUGAACGGGCGCGGCCCGAUUUUCUAUUCACCGGUAUAGCUCGAGCCCUAGCAGACCAUGACCCGGUUUACCGCACUCUCAUUGUCUCUGCUCUUCGAAAUGACCCUUCUCUCUCAACAGCCUCCCUCGCGAAGCAAUUCGAGAGCUUGGUGGCUUCGCCUCUCCUCCAUACACCUCCUCCUUCCGGUCAUUCUAUGGUCGUCGUCAUUGAUGCUUUGGACGAGUGUGACAAAAACGUGUUUUUACCCCUUGCCGAAAUCCUUAGGGAGGAGGACUGCGCGACAUACAUAAGUUUCCGGCUUCGGGAGCUCAAGAAAUUGCAUCCGGAGUUACGCAAUAAUCUUCAGGACGAGGACAAAAAGGUUCAGGAGAUCUUGGAACGAGCAAAUGGCCUGUUUAUUUGGGUCAGAACCAUCUUCCUCUACAUGGAGACGAACAGCAACGAUCCUAUGAGGACACUGGGGCGCCUGCUCGGUACUGGCACCAAACGUUCAAAUGUCCCUGCCGAGGGAAUGAUGGAUCGUUUAUACACAACCAUUCUGGAAAGGUGUAAUUGGGAAGAUGAAGAUUUUGCGCACGACUAUCCAAUUGUGAUGGGGGCAAUCGUUGCUGCACAGCAGCCUCUGUCUGUCACUGCCUGGGACGUGAUUUUGUCACCUUUCCUCUCCAAUUCUUCUGUCCGGUAUGCAUUGGCUGAACUCGCCCCUCUCCUCUCGGGGGUUGGGGAUCCUCACAUUCCGAUUCGCAUCUUACACCAAUCAUUCCGUGACUUUAUUGUGGAUCGGAUCGAUCUCCAGUCCAUCAAUGGUUACAGUCCAGUAAAUUUGAGCACAGAGAAUGCCAGGGUUGCCCAGCGAUGUACCGAGAUCCUGAACCAGGAUCUUUGCUCGAUAGAGGGCCUAGGACUGAUUGAAAACUUGUCUGAAAGAGACGAAAUGCCGCGUAUUCCUUCAGAGGACUUAUCUGACCACUUUCGUUAUGCAUGCCGUCAUAUUGUCCAUCACCUCAGUGGAGUCCAGGAACCAUCACAAGAGCUCAAUCGGUCAGUUGGCGUGUUUCUCAGCCAGCAAGCAACUCGCUGGGUGGAAGUCUGUGUGAGAAUGGAAGGCUACAUCAGUAUCUCAUUACUCCCUGAGUGGGCCAAGUCGGCUGUUGACCACAGCUCGGAAGGUGCUGUUGGCGUACUGGCUAAUGUGCUUGCCAAGCUUUCGUCAAAUUUGGUAUUUUUGUCAAGAUUCCGGGAGGCAGAUGAGGCGGCAAGCGAUUCUGUUGUACUGUGCCGUUACCUUUUUUCUGUGGACUCAUUGUCCUACACCCCGCAUUUGUCCCUGUCACUUAACAAUCGAUAUUUGGCUCUUUCCAAACUUGGACGGCACUCGGAGGCGCUCCCAUUCAUCGAAGAAAGUGUCAAACUCCGGCGCGAGCUGGUUGCUGUUCAACCAGGAUCAUAUACCUCGGAUUUAGCCAAAUCACUCAACAAUCUCGGUGAUGCUCGUUCCAGUCUUGGACAACACUUGGAGGCGCUCCUAUUCGUCGAAGAAAGUGUCAAACUGUACCGUGAGCUAGUUGCCGUUGACCCAGGAUCAUACACCCCUGAUCUGGUCAGAUCACUCAAUGAUCUAUAUUUGGCGCUUUCCAAUCUCGGACGACACUGGGAGGCGCUCCCGUUCAUCGAAGAAAACAUCAAACUCUGGCGAGAGCUAGUUGCUGUUCGCCCGGGAUCUUACACCCCAGAUUUGGCCAGAUCACUCCACACUCUAUCUUUCGCUCUUUCCAUUCUCGGACGGCACUCGGAGGCACUCCCAUUCAUCAAUGAAAGCGUCAAACUCUGGCAGGAGCUAGUUGCUGUUCGCCCAGGAUCUUACACCCCAGAUUUGGCCACAUCACUUUGCAUUUUAUCUUCGGCACUUUCCAAUCUUGGACGGCACUCGGAGGCACUCCCAUUCAUUGAGGAAAGCAUCAAACUAUGCCGUGAGCUAGUUGCCAUUCACCCGGGAUCAUACACCCCAGAUUUGGCUGGCUCACUCCAUCUAUAUCUUGUUCUUUCCAAACUCGGACGGCACUCGGAGGUGCUCCCAUUCAUUGAAGAAAGCGUCACACUAUACCGUGAGCUAGUUGCCAUUCACCCAGGAUCAUACACCCCGGGUUUGGCCAAGUCACUCAACUGUCUAUUUUUUGCUCUUUCCAAUCUUGGACAGCACUCGGAGGCGCUCCCGUACAUCAAAGAAAGCCUCAAACUAUACCGUGAGCUAGUUGCUGUUCACCCAGGAUCAUACACCCCGGAUUUGGCUGAAUCACUCAACAAUCUAUGUUUGGCUCUUUCCAAUCUUGGACAGCACUCAGAGGCACUCCCAUUCAUUGAAGAAAGCAUCAAACUAUACCGUGAGCUGGUUGCCGUUCACCCAGGAUCAUACACCCCAGUUUUGGCCAGAUUACUCAACAAUCUAUGUUUGGCUCUUUCCAAUCUUGGACGGCACUCGGAGGCGGUUCCAUUCAUCGAAGAAAGCAUCAAACUAUACCGUGAGCUAGUUGCUAUUCACCCAGGAUCAUACGCCCCGGAUUUGGCCAGAACACUCAGCAAUCUAUAUGGUGCUCUUUCCAAUCUCGGACGGCACUCGGAGGUGCUCCCAUUCAUUGAAGAAAGCGUCAAACUAUCCCGUGAGCUAGUUGCGAUUCACCCAGGGCAAUACACCCCAGACUUGGCCAGAUCACUUAACAAUCUAUAUUGUGCUCUUUCCAAUCUUGGACGACACUCGGAGGCGCUCCCAUUCAUCAAAGAAAGUGUCCAACUCCGGCGGGAGCUAGUUGCCAUUCAUCCAGGAUCAUAUACCCUGGAUUUGGCCCUCUCACUUGAAAAUCUCCGUGGUGCUCUUUCCGAUCUCGGACAGCACUCAGAGGCACUCCCAUUCAUCGAAGAAAGCGUUAAGCUGUACCGUGAACUAGUGGCUGUUCACCCAGGACCAUACACCCCAGAACUGGCCAGAUCACUCAACAAUCUCCGUAGUACUCUUUCCAAUCUCGGACGGCACUUGGAGGCGCUCCCAUUCUUUGAAGAAAGCAUUACACUGUACCGUGAACUAGUUGCCGUUCACCCAGGAUUGUACACCCUCGAUUUGGCCAGAUCACUCAACAAUCUGUCUUGCACUCUUUCCAAUCUCGGACGGCACUCAGAGGCACUCCCAUUUGUCGAAGAAAGUGUCAGACUCUGGCGGAAGCUAGUUGCCAUUCACCCAGGAUCAUACACCCCCGAUUUGGCCAGAUCACUGAACAAUCUAUUUCAUGCUCUUUCCAACCUUGGACAGCACUCGGAGGCGCUCCCAUUCAUCAAAGAAAGCAUCAAACUAUACCGUGAGCUGGUUGCUGUUCACCCAGGAUCAUACACCCUGGAUUUGGCCAGGUCACUCAACAAUCUAGGUUGUGCUCUUUCCAAUCUCAGACGGCACUCGGAGGCGCUGCCAUUCAUCCAAGAAAGUGUCAAACUCUGGCAGGAGCUAGUUGCCUUUCACCCAGGAUCAUACACCCUGGAUUUGGCCAGAUCGCUCAACAAUCUAUAUGAUGCUCUUUCCAAUCUCAGACGGCACUCGGAGGCGCUCCCAUUCAUCGAAGAAAGCGUCAACCUAUGCCGUGAACUUGUUGCUGUCCACCCGGGAUCAUACACCCUGGAUUUGGCCAGAUCACUCAGCAAUCUACAUGAUGCCCUUUCCAAUCUCGGACGGCACUCGGAGACGCUCCCAUUCAUCGAGGAAAGCAUCAAACUAUACCGUGAGCUAGUUGCCCUUCACCCAGGAUCAUACACCCCAUAUUUGGCCAGAUCACUCAACGAACUAUAUGUUGCUCGUUCCAAUCUCAAACGGCACUUGGAGGCACUCUCAUUCAUCGAAGAAAGCGUCAAACUAUACCGUGAGCUAGUUGCCAUUCACCCAGGAUCAUACGCCCCGCAUUUGGCCACGUCACUCAACAAUCUAUGUAAUGCUCUUUCCAAUCUCGGACGGCACUCGGAGGCGCUCCCAUUCAUCGAAGAAAGUGUCAAACUCUGGCAGGAGCUGGCUGCCGUUCACCCAGAAUCAUACACCCUGGAUUUGGCCAGAUCACUUGACAGUCUCCGUGGUGUUCUUUCCAAUCUCGGAUGGCACUCGGAGGCGCUCCCAUUCAUCGAUGAAAGCAUCAAACUAUAG